CUCGUAAUUUGUCUGCAUUGAAGAUUUUUUAGCUUUUAUGUGUUUCCUUGGCAAGUGAAAUAACUUUUAUUGACUUUUUCUGAAUUACACCGGGAGAAAUAAAUGCUAUAAUUAUGUUAUUGUGCAAUGGACAACUUCCAACGUAGUGGUGCAAUGUGCAACUGCAAGCUAUCGUGUUAUAACUUGAGAUUUAUCGAUCAUCUUCCUUGCUAUGAACAGAAAAAGUCUUAAGAAUUAUUAUUUUGAACGAAAAUAUACCUCAACUCACAGUUUAACUGGCGUUUAGUCACGAUGUGUUAAGAACUUAGACAGCCAUGUCAGAAGACAAUGGUCCUGACUGCGCCGAAAGUGUUAAAAAUGAUGACGAUGUACCGAACGAUGAGAGCUGUGAUGUGACAGUUAACGAGAGUGUUGAAGUAACUACUACUGACCGCGAAGAACCUAGUGCCAACGCCGACCAACCAGAAAGUGCCAUAAAUACUGUAAACAAAGGAAGUAUAAACAGUGGGAUAGAUGAGAAAGAUACUGUGUACGAAGACAAUGAGAGCAGUAAGGCGACGAUCUCGUGGACGGUGGAUGAGACGGUCUUCACCGUCGAGUGGAGCUUGCCUGAGGGAUCGGCGACUGCAAGGGAUUACAUCGCACUAUGUCUCGCAGAAUCGGCGAGUAUCGCUGGCAUCGUCGAGCGCGUGCCGGCAACCGGAUGCGCCAGCGGCGACAUAAUGUGGCUUCUUGAUGAGCCUAAUCAACCUUAUGAAGAUUGUGAGCAACUCCUUUGCUUUCGUUACUACAAUGGCGAAGGUGAAGAGUGCGUCGCGGAAUCUCCAACGCUGCCGUCGCGGUUUAAAGUCGACCUUAAGAAAUUGCCCUCAAGGCUCAAGGAGGGCAUGUCGAGGAAGAGGAGCGGCGACCACGUCUCGCCCUUCUCUUACAACAAUGAGAGUUUUGAAAUGAACUCUGAAAACCCGCCUAGAGUAGAAUUCGUCCCCGCGAGCUCCAGCCAAGACAUCAAACAUCUCAGCGACAACGUAGACAAAUGCUCAAUUAGUGCUUUAGAAAGUAACGGGAACCAUUUGAAUCUCGAACAAACAAAAUGUGAUGCUAGUGAAUCUCUAGUUAGUAAUUUAGAAUCUCAAUCUGUAAAUAGUGAAUCUCAGAGUGCUAUGGACUGUAGGCCCACGUCCUCAGGUGUAAAAAAGAAGUGUCCUCCUCCCGUUGAUACUGGCGGUGGUCACACAUUGAAUGGCGUCAAAAAGAAAACAAAAGUGAACUCCGGGUUUGAAUCACCGACGUCGCCAGGUACUGAAUAUUAUAAAAUAUGGUCUCCAAAGAACCCCUGCAAGAUAAUGAAGUUCGUAUAUGAUGUAGAAGGUGCGAAUGUGCCGAGUGAUGCGGAAAAAUCGCCGGUGCCGCCGCUACCGCCGAGACAAUCGCACAAACCGCUCGAGAGAAUGCACGCAUUGUCUCCGCCGCAGGUACCGAGACAUCGAAAGCCAAAAAAACUGUCAAAGCCCGAAGACACAUUCACUUUUGAAUUAAUUGAUAUAGAUGAGCAGUUCUUUACUGAUAACAAUAUCAGUAAUUCGGCAACAUUACAAGGCGAGAUAAAUGAUUUUAAACCUGGCGAAUUUUACUCUGGUAAUCAAGUAGCUAUGUCUUCGACGGCUAGCUUUUGGCGAGGAGGUCAAAAUGUAGCACCAUUAGCAACUCCCGAAACAGAUGGCAGCUUAUGUGAAUCUACUGUUUCUUCUAUGAAAAUAUCUAGGUUAGCUGAAGAAAAGAAAAUGAAAAACGUACCUGAAGGUUGCCCUAGCGUUAGUAAUAAGAAAAAUAUUAUGUUUAUUAAAGAUAUAGGACCUGACAACUACAUAACGACAACAUUCGCAAGAAAAGACAAACCCAGUCCCCCCACAGAUACUGUAGACGGGGUCAAUCUUACACCUAAUCGUGCCAAAUCUGAAGAGAAGGCUCAAAAUACAUUCUUGAACGACAUAAGUAAUCAUUCUGAGUUUGAGGACGACAAUAGGAAUCAAAUUGAAGAAAAAGAACUAACCGUCAAAGGGCAUAAACCUCUUACGCGGCAAAGUUCUGUCAGAGCCAACACACCUACAAUGAUGACGGCUUUUUUAAACUCUUCGCAUAUAGAUGCGCCAAAUAGAGAGACUGAUAACAAUAGCUCCAACGCUCCGAGUUCUUGUAACUCAUCGCAUUCCACUUCUCCAGUUGAUGACGGGAGCAGAAUGUUUCCCAGCGUUGGGACUAUGUUGAUGAAUAGGAAAUACUCAUGUGAAAGUUCAACCCCGAAGCAUUCAAGUUUACCUCGACAUUUGCUGAAAAAUCUUGGUUGCGAAGGUACACCAAAGCACUCCUCUAAUAACGCUUCAAGAAGCAAUGUAGAAAGUCCUGUUCGGCCACACCCGAGGGUGUUGACAAGGGUGGCCGCGUUAGCCGGGGCGGCCGUGCCUCAGUGUCCGCCCACCCCCACUCACCACGCGCGGAGACCUAGGCCCAUGCCACCCCCCGAUUUACAUCCUCCCCCCAUUCAAAACUGCGAAGGCAGACUACACGAAAACUUCGAAAUGGUGGAAUUCACAAAUGAGCUAAGAACGUCGGAGAUAAGAUCUCCAAAUCUAGAGUUUGUGAAUAGUAAUCACUUUACAAUCGUUCACGCUGGUCCUCCCGACGACGUCGUGUUCAGGAGGCCGAGACCAAUAGAAGAUAAUGAUAACAACGACAAUGCUGUAGCUUCGCCGACGCCUUUGAGGCAUAUGGCUGGCAUCAGAUUGCCUUCGAUACCGGAAAGGGCGUCGAGACAAAUGGCUUUGACUGGCGAUUUCCCUGCCAAUAUGAUUGGGGGGAUUAUCGAAUGUGAAGAGCCGUUACCUGCAGGUUGGGAAGCUCGGAUGGACAGUCACGGGCGCGUGUUCUAUAUAGACCACAUUAACAGGACUACAACGUGGCAGAGGCCGGGCGUCAACGGAACAGCUGCAAGGUCACCAGCGCCCGAGGUGCAGAGGAGACAGCUGGAUAGGAGAUACCAAUCGAUCCGCCGCACUAUGACACGGACACAACUAUCCGAGGAGGAGGCACCGCCUGCGCCCGCGCCGCCCGCCGCCGGCACGUCACGCGCCUCGGAACCCCACGCCCCCCACCCCGCUGCAGAGUUUCUAGCGCGACCAGACUUCUACUCCAUACUGCAUAUGAACCAAGAAGCGUCUUCCCUCUACAAUUGCAACUCUACCCUCAAGCACAUGAUCUCCAAGAUCCGCCGGGACACAGCAUCCUUCGAGCGUUAUCAACACAACCGGGACUUAGUGGCACUGGUCAAUAUGUUCAGCGAGUCGGACCGAGACCUGCCGCUUGGUUGGGACACUAAACUGGACAGGAAUGGCAAGCGUUUCUUCGUGGACCACGUGAUGCGGCGGACGACGUUCAUCGACCCGCGACUGCCGCGCGCGCCGCAAGCCGGGCCUUUUUCACCGCUGCUGCCUCAACGGCGGAGGCACGUUGUUGACCAGGCGCCGACGCCGCCGCCGCGGCCGCCUGUCGCGGCGGGCGACGCGCCGCUCACCGCCCACCAGGAGAUACCCGUGGCUUAUAAUGAUAAGGUGGUGGCGUUCCUCCGGCAGGCGAACAUCAUGUCGAUCCUGCGCGAGCGCUGCGGCUGCGGCGGCGCGCUGCGCGAGAAGGUCAGCGCCGUGCGCGUGGAGGGCGCGCCCGCGCUCGCGCGCUACCAGCACGACGUGCAGCUCACGUGCACGCUCAGGUAA